UUUUGACAGGAAGCAUGGCCGGAUUGCGAAUGAAUAAAAUCCACAGUAGAUUCCAAUAAUUCAAUGAAAUUUACUUAUAAAAUUAAUUGAAAAAUCUUAUUAAAGAGGAACGAAUUCUAUGCUAUCAUUAAUACUACCAGAUUAUAUAUUAAAAUGGAGUUUUUCGAAAGAGCGCACACUUUGAAAAAGGAAUCUUCAGAGGACCGGAAAACAACAGAGAUGAAAAAACAAUUAAAACAGAUGUUAUUCGGGUAUAAAGCGAAUGAUAAUAAGCUUAUACAAAAGUCUACGGAGACGCAAAACGAUUACGAGGACUCUACAUCCGUAAGUGGUUAUUCAGACCUGAAUCUAACCAUUUCUAGUGUGGAAGAUCAGAACGCUAGUUUUAUAUCAAAUAGAGACACUAGUAGUAGCUUAAUUGAUCCUGAUAGCUUUUUAAAAGAGAAAUUUAGUGAAGACUCUGAUUCUGUGUGUAGUGGAAGUAAUGAAGACGCUGAUAAUGCUAGUACCCAGGUUGCUGUAAGUUCUGACAACGAAAGUGAAGAUAAACUUGGUUUUAAUGAAGUGAAGUGUGAAGAAAAUACCCUCAGCUCUGUAAACAAUGACUCUGUUACUGAUGAGUCUGAUGAGUUUGGGGAUAAAAUUGAUUUAGACUCUGGCACUGAUUCAGAGACAUCAAUAGUUAUAAGUGAACUUAAUUUGUCUGAUUCAGAUAAUUCAGAGUUUGAUGUAGAUAGACAACUUGCUGCUAAGAUAAAAGAACGGUUGCAGAUAAAGAACAAUGAGCAAAAUAAAUAUACUUUAAAACAAGAAGGAAAUGUUAUUGCGAAAAGCCCAAUAACUCAAGAGCAUGGUGGUAAAACACAAACUCAAAAUUUACUUUCAAUGGCUGAUGACAGAUCAUCAACUCAAAGAAAAGGAAAAAAGCGAAAACAUAAAGAUAAAUUAAUCACACUUAAUGAAAAUGAUAUAUCAAGAGGUCCAAUAACCAAAGAAAGAUGCAUUGAGAUAGAAGUAAAAAAGUUACUUCAAGUAAAUAAAGAUAAAUUAACACUAAUAAAGAAGAAUAAACAAAAGCAUAGAGACAAAUACACAAUAAUCUUGAGUGAAAAACAAAAACGUAAACAAAAAUAUAAUGCAGCACUAGAUAAUGUUAAUUCUGUAGGGCCUUUAAACAUUGAAAUAUUAAGUAACCAAGAAGAUAAUGAAUUGCUAUCAGUUAGUAGUGAUGAUUUAUCAAGAAAUGGUAAUGAACAUUUUGAAGUUCUAAAUGAUGAAGCAUAUGAAGAAUCAAAUGAUGGUAUAGACUCAGUCAUGUCACCAGCUUAUGUCUCAAUAUCAGCUUCGGACAUGUCAACUAAAAAGUUAGAUGAAAUUGUAGGGGAAUAUAAGCAUUCUACAAUAAGAAACUUACCAUCAGAAAAUAGCAAUAUAUUUUCUACAAUUAAUUCUGCUUUCCUUGUUCAAGAAAAUAUGAAUGUUGCUAUCACCUUGGAGGAUGAUGUGAGCAGUCUUAUACCAGAAUUAGAUGACAUUCCAAGAGUUGAAGAUAUUGAUGAAGAACUAAUAGUCCUUGAUACAUCAAAAGAAGUUCCAGAUAAGUCUAUGAAUACAAGUAAUACUUUGGAAUCAGAAAUAAUUGAACAAGGCUCAUCAAUGGAUUCUGAAAAUGCAGCUGAUGCUUUCAAGGUAUACUAUGGCACCAACUGCUGUAUAGUUACACUAAAACAUCCAAGCAAACUUUUUAUCCAGGGGAAAGUUAGGAUAAAAUCUCUAGCUGGUACCCUUGAACUCUUUGGAUACACAUUGAAUAAUGAAAAUUAUAACAUCUACGCACCAUAUUAUAACUUUGCUCAAUGUAUAAAGACUGUUGAAAACGAAAAUGAUUAUUUUGGUCUGUUUGGUAAAUUGACUGCUGCAGGCCUAACUGUGCAAGAAGCAGAAGAUAUAGUUACUAAAAUUGAAGAACACGAUGGAGUCAUACUUUUGAAAAAACUAAAAGAAAAAGUAAUUGAUUUUGUGGAGAAUAAUUUUAGAGUAACCAACAUGUUUAAAUUGAAUAAGACUAUAGAACCUUAUUUCAACAAGGUGUGCAAUCUUUUGGACUGCUCACUCUUUUCUUCGAGACCUUAUAAAAGUUUUCGAGAACACCCUAGUUGGAGUGAAGUUCAUGAAUUAGCUAUGAGCAAAUAUAGUAGAGGCAUCGUAUGCGGUGGUAAGGGCGCAGGGAAGUCAACUUACAUGAGGUACCAGGUCAAUAAGCUGCUUUCCCAUGGUCCAGUACUGGUGGUGGACCUGGACCCCGGACAGAGCCUGUUCACAGUGGCUGGGAAUUUGUCUGCUACCGUGGUCACAUCACCGUUAUUCGGACCCACCUUCACUCACUUGAGGAAGCCUAAAUUAAUGCUAAACAUUGGUAUGAUCAACACAAUAGACAAUGCAAAACUUUACGCCGCAGCUGUACGGAAUCUGAUAACCUACUGCCAGAGCAAUAAAGCAUUUUCCCAGAUGCCCUGGCUCGUCAACACUAUGGGAAUGACGAACUCUCUGGGCCUCAAGUUUAUCAGUCUAAUCAUCACUCUAUUGCAACCUACAUACGUACUUCAGUACGAGUCCCAAGCACUGAAUCUACGUUUCGAGACUUUACUGACACCGACCAAUGUCAGAGAUUUGUUUGAUGAGUACAGAAAUGAUCAGCUGUUCGAGAAUGUGACGUGUUCCGAUGAUAUGGAUUACUCGUUUGUUGUCGCGCAAGAUACUGAUAGCCCUUACAGUAGAAAAAGUAUGUUCACAAUGAGGGCUAAAGAUGAGAGAUAUUUGAACUUUCUGGCGUAUUUCGGCCAGUUGUUGGAUACCACGUCUGGCGAGAGCUUGCUUGGUAUCACACCAUAUCAGGUAUGUCUUAAAGACCUGCGCAUCGCAACCAACGUGGUGGUGAAGAAGGAACAUAAUAUAAUGAAGGUGCUCAAUGGAAAAUUGGUGGCACUGUGUCAACAUGCAAGCGAUACCGCGCUGUUUACUUUGACCGAUAAACCGUUGGUGUGUCGCGGGCACGGGUUGAUUCGAGGAGUUGACUGGGAUAAGGAAAUGUUAUACAUGAUAACACCAGUUCCAAGUGAUGAGCUGGGAAGUGUGGACACUCUGGUGUAUGCAGACUGGGCACCUGAGCUGCUGUGGCAUGAGAGCCAGCUGCCAUUGGGCACUGUUCUCCCAUACCGCACCAGCACAGAAAACAAACAACUAAUGUCCACACCCCGCAGGAGGUUCAACAACCCUCUACAACUGUUGAAGAUGGCAGGAGGAGUUCCUAAUUGAAAGCUUGGUUGAUUAGUUAAUAAAAUUUGUAAUUGGAAUAGAUCCAAAAUAUCUUAAAUUAUAAAAGGAAAUCUAAUUUAUGUUAAUUUCAUGUAUAUUUCAAGUAAUUUUGUACUUACGAUACUAAUAAAACAUAACAUAGA